AUGGGCGGCAUUGGUAAGACUGCACUUGCCCAAAAUGCUUAUGAACAUUCACUUAUUGUCCACCAUUUUGAUAUUCGUACUUGGGUCACAGUAUCUCAAAAGUAUAAUGUGAAAGAACUUUUUGUUCAACUUCUUUCAAAGCUAAUAAGUAGUGAAAUCGAUAGCGAAAUUGACGAGCAAUUAUUAGGACAAAAGUUGCACAAAAUACUAUGGGGUCGGAGAUAUUUGAUUGUAAUUGAUGAUAUUUGGGGCAUUGAAGCUUGGGAUAGUUUAAAUCUUUUCUUUCCAGAAAACAAUAAUGGAAGUCGAAUUGUUGUGACUACAAGGAUAUCGAAUGUGGCUACUCACUUCGACUCCUCGUCGUUUGAGUUGAGUUUUCUAGAUGAGGAAAAAAGUUGGGAUCUAUUUUGCAAAAAAACAUUUGGUGAGGCCGAUUGCCCUCUUGAACUAGAGGAUAUUGGAAAGGAGAUUGUUAAGAAAUGCAAAGGACUUCCCCUUUCGAUUACUGUGAUUGGUGGACUUCUCGGAAGGUCCCAUAUGACGCAAAAAUACUGGAAAAAUAUUGCAAGAGAUAUACACUCAAUUCUCAACUCUGGAGAGGACAAGAAUUGUUCGAGUAUAUUAUCUUUGAGUUACACCUACUUGCCUCCUCAUCUUAAACCAUGUUUUCUUUACAUGAGCAUUUUUCCAGAAGAUGAAAAGAUUAGCGUCUCCCAACUGAUCAAACUUUGGGUGGCUGAGGGAUUUAUAAGAUCGAAUAAAUCUCAAAGCUUGGAAGAGAUAGCACGGGGUUACUUAAAUUAA